AUGGAAGAUUGGGAAGAGGAACGUGAAAUUGUAAAGGUCGAUAUUAGCCAACUGAAGGAUCAAGUCGGUCAAAUUUUGGAGGCUUUGAAAGCCAUGAAGACUGCAGGGGAGACUUCGUCUUCAAAGGCCGAGGAUAAUGCUCACCCUCCCGUACAUAACGUUGUGGGCACGCAAUUUACGUUUCCAAUGUAUGGUUUGCCACCAGGUUACACACCACCCAUUGGAGAUCAUUCAGAGGCAGAGCACACUUCUUUGGCAUCUCCCAUAACCAAUAGUGUACUUCCCAUAAAUACUCAAGGGCCUAUCCUCACGAAAGAGAUGAAGAUGAAUGAAACAAUCAAGUCUCCUUACACAGUUGUUGCACAUGAUGUUUCGACUAAGGCCACCAUACACACGGGCACAAAAGAAGAGAAAAGUAAACUUGAGGCACUUGAAGACAGGAUGAAAGCCAUAGAAGGGAUUGAAAGUUACGGGUUUGGUGACGUGGCAAGGUUGAGUCUGGCCCCAAGAGUGACGAUUCCGCACAAGUUCAAGGUGCCAGAAUUCGAAAAGUACAAGGAUUUGGCGAAUGCCUUUGUAAGGCAGUACAAAUACAACAUGCAUGUCGCGUCAGACAGGCUACAAUUACACCACAUGUCAAAGAAAGAGGAAGAGUCUUUUAAGGAGUACGCGCAACGAUGGAGAGAGUUGGCAGCGCAGGUUGAGCCACCUCUAUAUGACAAGGAGAUGGUUGCAAUGUUUGUUAGCACACUACAACCACCUUUUUAUGAGCAUAUGAUCGGAAAUGUGUCUUCCAAUUUCGCUGAUAUCAUUAUCAUAGGUGAAAGGAUCGAGAUUGGACUGAAAAAUGGGAAAAUUACGUCUCAAGCCACCACUUCGAAGAAAUUUGUUUUUAACUCGGGAAAAGAAAAGGAAAGGGGAGUGCAUGCAACAUCAACAAUACUCAUGUGGAGAGGUCAUGCGCCCACUCAUAACUAUCGACCAAUCCCGAGUUACCCUCCUUAUGUGAACAAUACAAUGUCUGGUUCCCAAACAAGACCUCGACCGCCAGGGUAUUAUCAACCACAACAAGCCUCGAAUAAUGCUUGGGGCACUGGAGCCGGCUUGGGUCCUGAUCAAAAAGUUGGUCAAAGUGCUCAUCCUAAGAGGAACCCAGAGAAAAAUUUCACUCCCAUUCCUAUGACAUAUACGGAAAUAUUACCUCAUCUCCUUAAGAAGGGUCUGGCCGCUAUUCGCCCAAUGAAACCCUUACAACCUCCAUACCCUAAAAGUUUUGAUGCAAAUGCGAGGUGCGGUUUUCACGGGGGAGCCGUCGGUCACUCGACAGAAAUGUGCACAUCCCUUAAAUUCAAAGUUCAAUCUCUAAUUGAUGCGGGAUGGUUGAAGUUCCAAGAGGACAAACCUAGUGUUGAAGUCAAUCCCCUUGCCAAGCAUGGAAGUACCUAA